GUGGUGGCGGGAAAGCAGUGGUCAAAGCACCUCCUUGGGGACGCUGAGAGGCCGGAGGCGGCGGCGAGUCUCCGGUGGGCCGCUGGCGCCGGCAUGGACGCCGCCGAGGUGGAGUUUCUGGCUGAGAAGGAGCUGGUGACCAUUAUCCCGAACUUCAGUCUGGACAAGAUAUACCUCAUCGGGGGAGACCUGGGACCCUUUAACCCCGGCUUACCAGUGGAAGUGCCUCUGUGGCUGGCGAUUAACCUGAAACAAAGACAGAAGUGUCGGUUGCUUCCUCCAGAGUGGAUGGAUGUGGAAAAGUUGGAGAAAAUCAGGGAUCAUGAGCGAAAGGAAGAGACGUUUACCCUUAUGCCUAGUCCUUACUACAUGGAACUUACCAAACUUCUGUUAAAUCAUGCUUCAGACAAUAUCCCAAAAGCAGAUGAGAUCCGGACCCUGAUCAAGGAUGUGUGGGACACUCGCAUAGCCAAACUCCGGGUGUCCGCUGACAGAUUUGUGAGGCAGCAGGAGGUGCAUGCUGAGCUGGAUAACUUGACCUUGAUGGAGAUCAAUACCAGUGGGGCUUUCCUCACACAAGCGCUCAAUCACAUGUACAAACUCCGCACAAACCUUCAGCCUUCUGACAGUGCUCAGUCUCAGGACUUCUAGAGGAAGAACUUUGAUUUGUCAAGGCCUCCCAUCUGCUGGCAGGAGGCUUGCUGGGCCAUGUGCGAGUGCUCAGGACAUGACAGAGGUACUCAUGCUUCUGGAGUUCUAGAACCAUUUUUGAAUGUAAGAAAAAUGUGUAAUGAAGCAAGGAAUGGAUUCAUAACAUAGCUGGAAAGCAACGUUUGUGCUUAGUCCGUGAGAUAUCCUUUAAUUCCACAUCUGUCUCUAGAAGCCAGCUGUUCUUUUGUAGGAGAAGGAAAAGUUUUGGCAAACAAGUGAUUCUCCCUAGCAGAGCCUCAGGUCUCCUGUACGGAAGGAACUGUUAUGUGUGGGUGAAUGUUCAGUGAUGUUAGGUGUUACUUUGAAAAGAUACAGUAGGAGCGGUGAUGUGGCCUAGGGCUUUUUUCUUUCUUGAUCCUGAUGUCUUGGGCUAAACUUAGACUCUACAGAGGCUGGUCACACAGAGAAGGAUAGCAGAUGAGUGGCUAGUGAUGUUGACUGGUGUUGCUCAUGUAAGCCCUGAUACACAAUAAAGAUGGAAUCAACCCAA